AGGCGACAUCCUUGUCUGUUGGGUCUCUUGCCAGCGUGAUGUUUUGUAUUUCACUGAGUCGCGCUAAAGUGACGCAUUCGCAACGCAGGGCAGCUGAACAUGGCGGCGCUGCUGAGAGGUCUGCUCGUUGGAAGGGCACUCCGGGGGCUGGGCAGAGUGGUAGUUGCACCAACAGCAGCGACCCCCCAGAGCGGAGGCCUGAGGCGAGGCUUCCACUGUGCAGCGCUAAGGCUUCAGGAUGAAUCCAAAUCUGACAAACCCUCCUCGUCCUCGUCCUCAUCCUCGUCCUCGUCCUACCACGAGCACUACCACUCCGAACAGGACCUGGCAGAGGCCCCCCGGGACGACCCAACCUCUGACCCAGCAGCUGAGGAGGCCUCCAGGCCAAACACCAGUUACCAGGACCAGGGCGGAGAGCAGGGCGAGGAAUACGAAACGGAGGAGCAGCUUCAGGCUCGAGUCCUGACUGCCGCUCUGGAGUUCGUCCCACUGCACGGCUGGUCCAUGGAAGCCAUCGCUGCUGCUGCUGAGACACUAGGCCUGUCCUCUGCCUCCACUGGUAUGUUCAACGGAGCUGGAGACUUGGUCCUACACUUCAUCGCCCAGUGCAACUCCCAGCUGACGGAGAUCCUGGCUGAACAACACAACCAGGUUCAGCUGGGCCAGGCCGAACCUAAGAGGACUGCAGACUUUCUCAGAGACGCUGUGGAGACCAGACUGAGGAUGCACAUCCCCUACAUUGAGUCUUGGCCGCAGGCGAUGAGCAUCCUGCUGCUGCCUCACAACAUCCCAGACAGCCUGAAGCACCUCUCCACCCUGGUGGACGACAUGUGGUACUACGCUGGCGACCGCUCCACAGACAUGAACUGGUACACCAAGCGGGCGGCGCUGACGGGCAUCUAUAACACCACAGAGCUGGUGAUGCUGCAGGACUCCUCUCCAGACUUCCAGGACUCCUGGAACUUCCUUGACAACCGCAUUCAGGAUGUCGUCAACAUGGCCGCCACCGCCAAGCAGGCGCAGGCGACUGGUGAAACAGUGGUGCAGGGGCUUAUGGGAGCUGCUGUUACACUGAAGAACCUCACGGGACUGAACCAGAGGCGAUGAUGGGCAAACAUCUCUCACUCCCACUGAUCCCGUCUGCCUGGCCGGUGUCAAGAGCUGAAGAUCCAUUGUCUUUUUGCUUUUUAUUUCUGAACAACUGUAAGAGUCUGAAAGUAUUGGGUUGUGUUCAGCAAGAGAAAACCAUUAUUUACAAGCCUCUUUCUGCUCACCUGGGGCUCUCAAGAGUUCAUUCUCCUGCUUAUUGUUCCCUUCAGACAUAAUGAUCUGUCAUUUUUUUUGUUGGAUCAAAACUUAAAUAAAGUCGUAGUUAUAUAUUGUAUAUUUAA